CAACACUGCUUCUAAGUAACUUGUGAUUCAAAUACAACUUUUAAAAUGAAGUUAUUGUCGAUAUUUAUGAUUGUUGCUGCUUUAAUCUUUGGAAUUAUGUCCAACGGAGUUGUUGCUACUCUUGGAGGUGGUGGUGGUGGAGGUGGUAGUGGAGCUGAUAACGAUAACGGUAGUACCGGUUCCAAUUCUGCCAACUUGAACUCAGGAAAUAGCAAUAACAUUAGCAAUUGAAUAGAUCAAAGAGAGAUUGAAAACGGUAUUUAACCGUUUAGAUUUCAAUGUUUUGAGCUUUCAUAAAAAUAAAUUCAAUAUAAAAUUA